CAAACUAAGUGGCCUCCCUUGAAUGGUUUCCGGGGACUAUUGGUCCAAAAAAAAUUAUUGAUAACAAUGAAUGUGUUAGUAUGGCGGUCACUGAUACGAUAUCCUCACAGAUGUAUGUGUACAGUGACUGGAUCAUCUUCUCAAGUUAGUCAGCCUCUAAACUAUGUAGAUGGACAGAGGGUAGAUCCUAAGUGUACUCAGACAUUUGACCUGAGGGAACCAGCAACAGGGAAGUCAUUACGGUAUGUAGCAAGUUCUAAUGAAGAGGAUGUGGACACGGCAGUCAGAUCAGCAAGGAGAGAAUUUAAAGCAUGGAAGAAAUUCUCAGGAUUUGAAAGAGGAAAUGUUCUUAAGAAAGCUGCUAAUAUUAUCAGGAUGAGGUCUGAAGAGCUGGCUAGAACAGAAGUUUUAGAUACAGGGAAGCCAAUCUAUGAGGCAAGGAUGGAUAUAGCUGGAUGUGCUGAUACAAUAGAUUAUUACGGUGGAAUGGCUGCUGGUAUAUCAGGUGAAUUUUUACAAUUAUCCAAUGGUAAUUUUAAUUACACAAUGAGAGAGCCUUUGGGUGUGGUCGGUGGAAUAGGAGCAUGGAACUACCCAUUUCAGAUGGCCACUUGGAAGUCUAGUCCGGCUCUGGCAUGUGGUAACACCUUUGUGUUUAAACCCUCACCUUUUACCCCUCUGACGGCUGUGAUGUUGGGUGAAAUCUACAAGGAAGCUGGCCUUCCUGAUGGAUGUUAUAAUGUUAUACAGGGUGAGGGUGAAACAGGCGCACUACUAGGUAACCAUCCAGAUGUUAACAAGAUGACCUUUACAGGAAGUGUACCAACAGGAACCAAGGUCAUGGAAGCAUGUGCAAAAGGAAUUAAACAUGUAGGCUUAGAACUUGGAGGUAAAUCUCCUUGUAUUAUUUUCAAUGACAGUAACUUAGAUAAUGCAGUAUCUGGUGCUAUGAUGGCCAACUUCUUCACACAAGGACAGGUGUGCUCUAAUGGAACAAGGGUAUUUGUACAAAACAGUAUCAUGGGACCAUUUUUAGCAAAAAUUGUUGAAAGGACGAAAAACAUGAAAAUAGGAAAUCCAAACCACGAAGAUACAAAAGUUGGUGCUACGAUCAGUGAAGAACAAGCAUUGAAAGUACUAGCAUAUGUAGAUAUAGCCAAAAAAGAGGGGGCCAGUGUUUUGUGUGGUGGAGAGAGAGUAGUCCCAGAUGCCAGUCUGUCAGGAGGAUAUUACAUAUCUCCUUGUAUCCUAGUUAACUGUGAAGAUCAUAUGACUGUUGUUAAAGAUGAAAUAUUCGGCAGCGUCAUGUCAGUCUUGGGAUUUGACACAGAGCAGGAAGUCAUCAGUCGAGCCAAUGAUACAGAGUUUGGAUUAGCUGCUGGAGUGUUUACAAAUGAUUUAAAGAGAGCCCACAGAGUAGCCUCAGAACUAGAAGCUGGAUCUUUAUAUGUCAAUAACUACAAUGUGUAUCCUGUAGGUGUUCCAUUUGGUGGAUACAAGAAAUCAGGACUAGGACGGGAAAAUGGGCCUGAGGCCUUGGACUUAUUUACACAAGUCAAAUCUGUUUAUGUAGAAAUGGGAGAUGUUGAAGCUCCUUUCUAAAUAAAAUAUUUUAUAAUGA